CUCGUAUUGUCGGCCCCUGGAGCACAUCUACGUUCAUACAAAGCGUGACGUAGGGACGAGGCGUAGCGAGAGAAAUAAAAAGGGACACUGCUCGGAACGGGCGGGCUCCAGUGUAGGAUCGGAGCGCGUCGGGCGGUGAGCUGCUAUCUCGCCGGCGAAGUCUCUCCUAUCGCCGUCUCUCGAAAUCGCCGUGCUUCGGGCUGAUAAACUUCCAACCGGAAGUGCUCGCAAACCCGUGCCGAGCCGCGCCAAUCGAACGGCCCUUGCGACGGUGCGAAGAUGAGUCUCAAUCCCAUGAAAUGGAAAACGAGAAGCAUCUUGCACGGCAUUCUAGGCAUUCUGCUUUUGUACACGCUCUUUAUUUAUAAGAAGAAGCAUCAAAUGAUGUUCGAGGGCAUUAUAAAUAAGUCGGAUCCCAGGCUAGUGUGGGAGUUUGUGGCUGAUUUUAGCAACAUGAAAAAAUUGAACCCAACGCUAGAGGAUUUUAGCGUGCUCGACGAGGGCGGGAAUUACGAUCACUGGAAGUACUCCGUGCGGUACACUGAACAUCUAAGUCACCUGCCGAUGAUCCGUAACGUGGCACACGGGCACUACGCCGUCAAACCGGACGACAACGGCUAUGUCAUCAGUUCCGGGCAUCGAACUUGCUUCUUCCUCGACUUCGUCUGUCUGGAGGCCGUUUCGCAAUUUAGAUUCGACGCGGACGGCGCGGAGGACACGAGAUGCAUCGAGACCUUGCAAUACGAGUGCCCGAUCGCGUUUUCGCCGCUGUGCCGGAGGGAGAUCAUUCACCAGCGGGAGGAGAUCAUGAAGAAGCUGAAGCUGGAGUUCGCUGUCGGCAACAGGAGAGAGAGCUAAAAACGUUCGGCCGCGCGAGAUAUUGUACUUACAGCUCGCUGGAUCUUUUUCUUUUUUUUUACAUAUAAAACAAACAUUUUACUUAUUUUUAAUACGAUUAAACGAUGUGAAAAUUAUAGUUCAAGUUAAGCGCGUUGUACCUUCACUCCCGCAAGUGAUUGCGUAUUGAUUUCGACGGACCGUUACUUAAGCGAACUUUUGUUUUCGAUCGUGAGAAACGAAUGGAAGUUUCGUGAGAAGAAUCCGCUUUACAUUCUACACACAUAAUUUACAUUCUAGAUUUUAGGGGGAUUUUUCUAAUCCUACACGUGCGCAUUUCAAUGUGUGUGUAUACAUUUCAAUAAUAGAUACAUUUUGUGUGUAUUAUAAUAAACGUGUGCAUUUUAAUUCUUUAAAUGCUUUCAUCGCGGCAUAUAUAGAAUGAGUAUGAUCAAAAUUCGAUUAAUUUACCGCCUGACAUUUGCAUUAUUUAAAUUAUUUAAAAUGUGGAUUAGAAGGAUCAUAUAAUUAAAAUUUUCGCUUUGAACAAUUCUUAAAUUAAUCAACAAUUUACUUAGCAGUACUGUUUCAUGAACUGAUUGCCAAUUUUUUGUCGUUUAAUAUACGAAAAAUUGGCCGAUGAUCGAUGGAUUCUUAAAGCUUAAAGUUUCCUCCCGAUAUUGCAUUCCCGACGAUAAUUUUCGAAGUGCAAUUGGAACGAUCAGACAAUCGAAUUAAAAUAUUUCUAAUUGAUUAUUUUAACACUGUGCACUUAGCCGACAUAAAUAAAUCAAAGUUUCCAUUCGCAAAA